AUGCAUAGAGAACUCAUAGAGAAAGUUACUAUUCUACAGGCAAUGAGCAAUCAUUCUUCUGGUCACAUGUUGAUCACAAAAGCGAACCCGACGCCCGAGCUAACAACUUAUGGCAUCAAACUAGGUUGGAUUCAGGGCGUGUUGAUUCCUUGCCUGCUGAACAUCUGGGGUGUGAUGCUGUUCCUGCGCAUCGCUUGGAUUGUGGCUCAGGCCGGCAUGGGGCUCACCAUAGUUAUCAUUUCCAUUGCCAGCAUGGUGUGCGUCAUCACCACUCUAUCACUCAGCGCUAUUUGCACCAAUGGUGUGGUGCAAGGAGGUGGAGUGUACUACCUGGUGUCGCGAAGUCUUGGUGCGGAGCUUGGAGCGUCCGUGGGCAUCAUAUUCGCGUUCGCAAACGCGGUAGCCGCAAGCAUGAAUACCAUAGGUUUUUGCGAAUCACUGAACGAGCUGCUCAAGUCGCACGGCUUCAAAAUUCUCGGCAACGGCAUUGACGACACCCGCAUCGUGGGCGCCAUAGCUCUUUUCGUAAUGUGCUUCAUCUGCGCUAUCGGUAUGGACUGGGAGUCCAGGGCUCAGAACUUCCUGAUUAUAAUUAUUGUGUUCGCAAUCAUUAAUUAUAUAAUAGGAGCUUUUAUGGGACCGUCUUCUGAUUCAGAAAAGGCACAUGGAUUUUCCGGCAUAAAUAAGUACACCUUUCAACAAAAUUGGCUACCCGAUUUUCGUUACAGCGAAAGCCAGAACCAUAAUUUGAUCAGUGUUUUCGCUAUAUAUUUUCCGGCCGUCACUGGCGUUCAAGCUGGCGCUAACAUAUGCGGGGAUCUUAAAAACCCAGCAACGGCAAUUCCUAAAGGCACGCUGACAGCCCUGGUGAUUUCCGUCAGCAGCUACGUGGUGAUGGCGACGCUGGCCGGCGCGAGCGCGGAACGGGACGCCUCGGGCAACGUGUCGGACUUCUUCAACGGAACACUGGCCGCCUGCAAACCUGACUGCGCGUAUGGCCUGCACAACAGCUAUGAGAUAAUGCAUUUGAUUGCGUUAUGGAGUCCACUGAUUUACGGCGGAUGCUGGGCGGCGACGCUGUCGACGGCGCUGACUAACCUGCUGUCGGUGCCGCGGCUCAUUCAGGCGCUGGGCGUCGACCGCAUCUACCCCGGACUCAUAUUCUUCUCCAAGCCCUACGGCCGCCACGGCGAGCCCUACAGGGGAUACGUGCUCACAUUUUGUAUUUCCUUGCUUUUUCUACUCAUUGCGGACUUGAAUACGAUUGCACCGCUGAUAACCAACUUCUACCUGGCAUCGUAUGCCCUCAUCAACUUUUGCACUUUCCACGCUGGUUUCACCAAGGCAAUUAGUUGGCGUCCCACUUUCCGGUAUUACAAUACUUGGUUGUCGCUGUUUGGAUUCAUCAUCUGCAUAGUGAUCAUGAUCCUUAUGAGCUGGUUGAUGGCACUGAUUACGGUUUUGGUUUUCUUCACGCUUUAUCUGUUGGUGGUGUACAGGAAACCUGACGCCCGUUGGGGCAGCAGCACGGACGCGUACAAGUAUCGCGAGGCGGUGUCGGCGCUGCUGGCGAUGUCCGCGCGCGCGGGCCACGUGAAGGAGUACAGCCCGCGGCCGCUGGUGCUGUGCGGCGCGCCCGCAGCCCGCCGCGCACUGCUCGACCUGGCGGCCAUGCUCACCGCAGACGGCUCCUUCAUGAUCGCGGCCAACAUUACCGAUGAUACUUUGUCAAACGAUGACUCUCUUAAGCAGAGACAUAAAAUGGUAGAAUGGUUACACUCCCACAGAUAUCGAGCGUUCUAUCUGUGCAUAGAAGGCAUGAAUUUGGAAAAUGGUGCCCGAACACUGAUGCAAUGCGCUGGUUUGGGUCGAUUUUCGCCCAAUAUUGUCCUCCUUGGUUACAAGACCGACUGGUGUGAAAGCCCCGGACAGGAUUUAGUAUCUUACGUUGAAAUAAUAAGGUUGGCAUUCGAACGACAGUUUGCAGUGUGCAUAUUCCGUAUGCCGCGCCACUUGCGUGAGUGGCCGGCCGCGGCGUCGGCGCAGGCGGAAUCGCGUGACGCGGCGGAGGCGCGCGCCGUGUUCGCCGUCAUGCACUCCAGCUCGGACUUCCAACUGGACGAAGCUGGUAGGAUAAUUCAAUCAUUUGAGAUUAUUGCACAUUGA